GUUAACAUAACCCCACUUCAGAAACAUAAGUAAAUGUAAAUAAUGUGAUAUACUUAUUAAUUACAAAUGUGACCUACAUCUUUAUAUCAACAAUCUGUGAUAUGAGCUAAACGAAACCUGCAACCAUGUUUUCUUUUAUAAAAAACCGCCCACCACUUGUAGUUUUCUUCCUGUGCAUACUUACCUCAGCCAUAACACUAUUUUGCUUUGCCUUUUACAUCAAAAACACGGAAUCUGUUCCAGACAGUGACAAAAAUCAUGACUGGUUGACGCUGCUGAAGCAUUUUAAUUCCUUAAUUAAGUGCCUGGAAUUGAACGGUAAACCCCCUGAGGAAAUCAGCGAUAAUGAUUUUAUAGAGACGAGCACAGUGCAAACUUUAGUCAGUAUUAAUAAUACAGAUUUUAUUAAGAAAUUUACGAGUGUAAAAGGGUUCUUGACACUCGAUGGUUGGCAUUCGAACUGUCCGAAAGGCUACUACAAUAAGCCGAGUCACCUGCAUAUAUAUUUUGAUGUACCAGAAGUGGCGAAGAGUAACGUUACCGAAUUCGAUGCUUGCGUGACAAUUAGAGGACCAGAGGAAUAUUUACCGAAGUUUUCUGAGCCAAACUGUAAAGCGUCCACUGGAGUUGAUGAAAAGAAAGCGGAAGUGUUUCUGUCAACAAAGUUAAGAGCGGAAAGUAACGAUUUUUGUACGAAAGGGGUUCUCAGUGAAAUAAACUUUCAUCCGCAGAAUAAGGCGCACUUUGCAAAUUUUCUAAGCGACAAGGAAAAAAGCCUUAUCUACGUACAUCUCCUCUGGACCAGCUACUUUCUGUUGUUUAUAUUGUUGAUUAUCGUUACUUACGGCAUCCUGCAAAGCGAGCACGUUUUUGAUAAAUAUAUACAAAAGUUUACCCCCCACAAAUAACCGUAUUGCAAAUAUUAUGUUUAUUUACGACCUUUAUGUUUUGUUGAAUUUUUUUUAUUUUAAAUAAACGUUGAGUCGUUU